CGGUCUGUGAGGGCGCUGGGCCGGGGCGGCCGCUCGGCGCUCUGUGGGGCUCCCGCGCCGCCGGGGGUGUUGGGGGAAGGCGGUGAGGUGGGAUCUGCCGAGCGGCUGCCCUGCUGCCGGCAGGGCCCUCGCGCAAGGAGGCAAACGGAGCCUGGUGACAGCCCAGGCCUCUGCGCUUUGCUAGGCCUCUGCCCGGGGCGACUCUUCCUCCUCCUGCCCCUGAGGAUCAUAGUUGAAUGUGGGCUUUCCAUUCUGAAAUGGAGUUUAGCAUUUCUUCUCCUUUUGGCAUCUUGGAAAAGGAACUGCCUCAUCAUCGUAGCCCUGUUGUGGGGCUCUGAGCUGGCCUAAGACUAGAUCCAGUAAGAUACAGCUGAAAAAAAGGUCAAAUAAGAAGGCUAGCAACACAUGGGAAUGCUUCUCUCCUUACCUUGAAAAUGAAGAAUGAGGCUGUUCUUAAUGCUAGAAGCAGUGUGGACCACAGAAGCUUUAUGAAGGUAUAGGUUAAUAGGGUGCUUUUUGGUAACCUGUUGGGUCAUUUUGCAUCACUGCAGGACACUAGAUUUCAAAUAGAGCAGGUGUGGCUGUGUAGGUAUCUGUAACAUGUCUAUGUUUACUAAAACCAUGGUUGUAAAUGUUUUUGAUUUGUGGAUUCCAGUGGGCAUGCUGCCUGAUAGUAGGAUUAUUUUUUCGGUUACCCUUUUGAGCUCAUAGCCACAGUUUGAAAAUCAAUUCAUUUUUUCUUCUUAACUGGGCUCUAAAGAGUGGGCUUCUGAUUUCCUAAAUUUCAGGUCUUGUUUGCUUUCCUAAACUUGUCAGUGUCAGCUAGGCUAAGUUGGGGAUAGAAAUGCUUUCUGUAUCUUUGACCCUGUGCCUGUAACUGUAUCACUGUAUCAGAUAGCUCUCCACAGAACAAAUAUAUAGAAACAAUUUGCAACAAAAAUGUAACCUGUUAGUCUCAAUCUAUCCUGAGAUUAUGCUGUUGGCAUAAUAAUUUAAUACAGUGAUUUUACAUGUCUGGCAGCUGUUAAGAUUUUUUGAUGGCAUCCAGCUGUAGUUGGGGUUGGUAAAAUUCGCUGAUCUUUUUUUUUCUAAAGGCAUUUGUUCUGGGGAAGUCUGAUAAGAGCUGUGGGCUGACUGCUCAAAGAGCUCACGGCAAAUGGGGGUAAAUGCUGCAAGCAUGAGUACAGUUUGAUUUUUUUUCCACUGUUGUGCUUGUCUAGUGCAGUUGCAAAGGGUUGUUGCUUGUAUUUCACUCUCCUAAAGAUACACAUAUAUCAGUCUGAGCUGUGACAGUCUUAUUAUUUUCCUGCAGUAGUGAUUACACAGCAGAAAUUGUCCUGUGCAGGCUAUUAAUGAGUUUUUAAUGUAUGUACCUCUGAUCUUGCAGAAACAGUCACUUGAAUUUUUUUAAAGUACUACCUGUCUUAUUGCUGAGCAUGUGUUGGCUGAUUGGUCCAGGUUCUGGCCAGUCCAAACUUUGCAGGUGGUGACUCAAACAUCAAUCAGAGCAACAAAUUUGCAGUGAAACAACAGAGUUUGAACUGAAACAAUGCCAAAAUGUCAUUUUUUCCCAUCUUGUGGAAGAGGGAAAGCUGGGGAGCUGUUUGAUCUGCCAGCAAUUUGAGUUGGGGGAUGACAUGUGAAUACCUAGAAGUAACCUGACUCUUUUGACACCAGUGAAAAUAAAUGUUGCUUUGACUGAGGUGCCUUUUAACAUGCCAGUAUGUGUGCUAUGUAGAGUUUAGUGAAUGUAGUGAAUCAUUAACCCUUUCUGUCAUUAUGGACAAAUAAAAGAAUUGCCUUAGUAAGUGUUGUCUAUUGUAUAAUAUGGUAAAUUGCAUUUACCUUAGCUGUGGGUUUUUCCAUAGCUUUGAUUACUGUGAUCUUAAUGUUCUUAUAUUCUACCUGUCUUUGUUUACAGUGCCAUCAUCUGUGUGAAAUGAAAUAAGUUGUUCAUGCUUUUAAGGAAAAUAAAUGUGAUGCAACAUGAUCAUGUGUAUCAUUAGCAUGUAAAUGUUCACAGCUUCCUUAUGGAUCUUAACUGGGGAGAUGAGACCAGACUGAGGGUCAAAUACGUUUGUGCGUACUAGCGUCCAUGGAACACCUCAGCAUCCAGCUCCAAAACUUGAUCGAGUCUGAUAAACAGAUUGCUUCUGGUAUCAGCAGAGGGCGCGUUGCCAUCAGCACAGCAAGGGCCCGGCUGCUCGCGCUGAACACCGUGUGCACUGGGAGGGAAGCUCCCAAGACGGGUUGAAGUGACAGAGGGACAAAGCAGCAGGCAGAGGAACUUGUGAAAGUGACACAGCUGUACUGUAAAAACAGCAGCCCACAGACUUUGCUGCCAGAAGAGCCACCUCUGCUGGACCUGAGAGCAGGAUUGCCUGAGCCAUGGAGCGAGAACCAAUGCGAAUAAGGGAAGGCUACUUGGUUAAGAAGGGCAGUAUGUUUAAUACUUGGAAGCCAAUGUGGGUUGUGCUCUUAGAAGAUGGAAUUGAAUUCUACAAGCGGAAGGCUGACAACAGCCCCAAAGGGAUGGUCCCACUAAAAGGAAGCUCUAUUAACAGCCCAUGCCAAGAUUUUGGCAAAAGAAUGUUUGUCUUCAAGCUCACUGCGGCCAAGCAGCAGGACCAUUUCUUCCAAGCUGCCUACCUAGAGGAGAGAGAUGCCUGGGUACGGGAUAUCAAGAAAGCUAUUCAGUGCAUAGAUGGAGGCCAGAGAUUUGCUAGAAAAUCCACAAGAAGGUCUAUCAGAUUGCCUGAAACAAUCAACCUGAGUGCUUUGUACCUUUCAAUGAAAGAUCCUGAAAAGGGAAUAAAGGAGUUAAAGCUGGAAAAAGAUAAAAAAAUAUUCAACCAUUGCUUUACAGGCACCUCUGUGAUUGACUGGCUAGUAUCUAGCAAUUCCAUCCGAAAUCGCAAAGAGGGCCUCAUGCUUGCCUCUUCCCUCUUGAAUGAAGGUUACCUGCAGCCUGCAGGGGAUACAUCCAAGGCUGCUGCAGAGGGCCUGUCAGACACCCCCUUCUUAGAUCUGACCGAUGCCUAUUAUUAUUUUCCAGACAGUGGGUUUUUCUGCGAGGGGAAUUCUAGCGAUGAUGAUGUGGUCCUGAAAGAAGAAUUCAGAGGCAUAGUGGUCAAACAAGGAUGUUUACUGAAACAGGGACAUCGGAGGAAAAACUGGAAAGUGAGAAAGUUUGUUUUAAGAGAGGACCCUGCAUAUCUUCACUACUAUGAUCCUGCUGGAGGAGAAGAUCCACUAGGAGCAAUUCACUUGCGGGGCUGCGUGGUCACAGCAGUGGAAGAUAUGCCAGACUCCAAGAAGUAUGAUAUUGACAAUAACCUGUUUGAAAUCAUCACAGCAAAUGAAAUCCACUAUUACUUGCAAGCAGCCUCAUCCGCAGAGCGUACAGAGUGGAUCAAAGCAAUUCAGGCAGUUGCUAGAACUGGGAAAUGAAGAUGAUCUGCCAGCAAAAAGAUAGACAACCCAAAUCCAUUACUCCAAGCCAAACAGGCAUUUUUAGCAUUUCACUGAAAGUAAUAUCACCCAGAAAGGCCUCCUAAGUCUUGUGGGUUGCGGGGGGAGGGGAGGAGGGGGGGAGUGUUCCAUUCUGUAGUGGGCACUAACAAGCUAACAUACCUGCUACUUUUUAAUGGGAAUAUUUUGCUAAAUUGUACCAUAGAACGUGCCUUAUUAGUGUGUGCUUCUUUAUAAUAAUUAGACUACCUUGGGAAGCCUACCUUAUGCCUCUCCCUGUUCCCACUGCUGAUAGUGAGAAUUGCACCAUUAACAGGGGACAUAAUCAUGUCACUGACUGUAAGGGACUCAGCUAGUCACCUACCACUCAGCGUCUGUUGUGUUUUAGUCUCUUCAGAUUAAUUCAAAGACUUCCUAAGACAAAGACCUUACACUUUCUUCUUCACUAGCCAGUGAUCUCUCUACUGCUGUGUUCACCUAGACAAGUAGUGCCAUAAAUUUAAGGAAAGAAAUGAAUCCACUUGGAAAUCUGAUCCACUCUCUGUGAUGGCACUUCAGUGUUAAGGAAAGGAAGAAUUCUGACAACUACAGAAACACUGUGCUCAAACCGAGUACAACUUAGUGACAGCAGUAUGAGUUUCCUCGCAGGACUCUCCACCCACGGUACUCGAAGCAUGGAGCAAUCUCAGUUCAUCUUCAGUAUCCACCUGAUUUUGACCUUUGCUAAAUUUUUCUACACAAAUCUAUGCUGGCAUGAUUAUUUCAUUUAAUUUGGGUCUCCAAAUCAGUUGCUAAAGUGUCGUGUGCUCCAGCUUGACCCGUAUCUGAGUUAAGAAUCUUGUAGGAGAAGAGCAAGGAUCCAUGGAUUCAUUGAGCUACUGAAUGGGGUGUUUUUGUUUUUGUUUUGUUUUGUUUUCCUACAGCAACAUACACAAUGCUUGGUUCUGUGCCUUAAUUAUAUAAGAGAAACCUUGUGUUUUUUAUAACUGGAAUAAACGUUACCAUUUGACAGGGUCAGUUUACCUGAUCAAUCCUUAUAUUUUUGUUUGGCUGUAUGUAUCAAACUUCAAAGGCUUUAAGUGGGAGCUGAAAGUCAAAGUAGUGUCAGAUUCUGUGUGGUAGCCCACUCCUGCUGCAGACUAAUGUUUCUGAUUGUAAGUAAACUUCAAAACUUUUAAAAUCUGUUUCUUGGAUCUAAUUAGGUACCUUAUCCUUCAGAAUUCUUAUUCAGAUCAGUCUAAAAAUAAACCUGGAGCUAAAACUUU